UAAAAGAAGGAGCAUCUCCAAGUUUAACAGCUGUGUCAUAACUAUUUGUGUGUAAACAGAAAGAAAUAAGUGUUUCCGUUAAGUAUUAGAGGUUUAUUACAAUACCAUGGAUCCGGCUCUACUUAGGGAACGCGAAGCGUUCAAGAAAAGGGCUAUGGCCACUCCCACCGUGGAGAAAAAGCCAAAGACUGAGGCACCGCCACCGCCCGCUAAAGAUGAUGGUAAAAAGAAAAUGCGUCCUCCGAGCGCUCCUAAAUUGGAUGCCAGCACGUAUAAGACUAUGUCUGGAAGUUCGCAAUAUCGAUUUGGUGUGCUAGCCAAGAUUGUAAAACAUAUGCGUACUCGACAUCAAGACGGUGAUGACCACCCUUUGACCAUUGAGGAAAUUUUGGACGAAACUAAUCAACUGGACAUUGGACAAUCUGUUAAAAAUUGGCUAGCCUCCGAAGCCCUCACAAAUAAUCCAAAAAUUGAGGCAACACCGGAUGGGCAUCGCUUUAGCUUCAAACCGGUAUAUAAAAUUAAGGAUGGCAAAAGUUUAUUGCGACUACUCAAGCAGCACGAUUUGAAGGGUUUAGGAGGGGUAUUGCUG